UAAAAUCUAAAAUAAUCAAAAUUUCAAAAUUAAAUUUUAAAAAUUUCAAAAUCAACACAGAUUAAAUAAAUACUAAAGUUAAUGGCGCAAUCUUUUAGAUUUAUAGACUAAGAAACAUAAGAUUUUUUAAUGGAGUUUUCUGAUCUUUAAAAUAAUGAAGUAGUGUAAAAAUUAUAAAAAGAUCAGAUGAAACUUCUUCAGUUAAAAAAUAAUUUAAAUAAUAUUGCUAAUUGUGCAUCUAUUAAUCCAACAAAAAAAUCUUAAGAAGUUAUUUAUUAAAAUGCUUAAUAAACAAAUAAUUUUUAGUAAGAUUAGCAAAGUUUUAAUGAUAAAAAUGCUAAUUUUUAAGGAAAUAAUUUUAAUGGAAAUUUAUAUUUUUAGUAGAAUUACAAGAAUGGUAAUUAAGAAUAAUAAAGCAUAAAUGAUUCGUAUAUUAUUGAUAAAAAAUAAAAUAGUAUUCGUGCUGAAUAAGGAGAAUAAAAAAGGGAAAAAGAAAACGAAAUAGUAAAAUAUUAAUUCAAAGAACUAAAAAAAAAAAUGAUUUAAAGAAGCUAAGACUAGAUAAUAGAUGAAAUAUACAAGCAUUAAAAGUAAUUGAUUUUGAAAGAAGCAACAGAUAGGCUUGAUAAAGAAGAUCCUUCAUAAAAAAGUGAGCAAAAUUGUUAACAAACAAUUCAAUAAAAUAAUAGCCUUGAAGAUUAAGAUAAAUUUAAUUAUUCAGUUAAUAAUGGAUAGGCUAUGAAUCAUUAAAGAUAAUAAAAAUAAGAUAUUUUAAGAAUGUUGAAUCCUCCUAAUUAUUUAAAAUAAAAAUGGAAUAUAAUAUAAAAAGGCAUUGAAGAUCGUUUAAUAACUCACAAUGAAGAUGGACUUCCUAAAAAUUUAAAUCCUAUAGAAAAGAGUAUUUUAAAAGAAAAAGAAAAUGGCUACAAGCUGCUCAAACCUGAAGGUGAAAUAGGAGAACUUGAAUAGCAAGAAGAAGAAGAAGAUGAAGAAAAUAUGAGCAACGAAGUCUUAAUAACAAGAAAAAUUGUUAAAAUACUUGAAGAAUUCAAAGAAGUUUAAAAAAGAGAUUAAGAUUCAAUAUUUCAUAUUGCUUUGAAAUAGUAUUGUGAGAAAUUUCAUAAAAACUAUGAUUGUGUCUUUACAGAGGAGAAGGAUUCGAAGUUAAAAGGUUUUAUUUGUGAAGUUAUUGUUGAUGGUAUUAGAUUAGGUCCUUAAUUAGCUAAAUCUAAAAAAGAUGCUAAGACAUAGGCUUGUAUGUGUGCUAUGGCUAGAAUUAUGCAAUAAUCUCCAAAUAUGAAACCUAUCGAGUAUUUUUAAAAAUUCUUAGAAUAGUCGAAAAAUAAAUACAUAAGAUUAAAUGAGAAUAUAGCUGAAGCUAUUUCAUAGCAUCAUUAGUAAGGAGGAGUUCCUUUAUCUGCAGAUAAUCCAUUAAGUGAUCUUGCCAUUGCUUAAGAGAUUCCUGAAAAUUCUAAUUAUAGAGAGGAAUUGUCAAUCUUUGCUCAUAAAAAUUUACAUAAAUAAAUAAUUUGGGAGACUUUAUUUGAUCCUAAAGAAAAGUUAUGGCUGGCCAUAGUAGCUGUUGGUAAUUUGUCAGAAAGAGGAUUUGGUAGAAGUAAAAAAUACGCUAAAAAUGUUGCAUCAUAUAAGUUAUUGCAAAGAUGCAAGCAGUUAAAAAUGAAAGAUGAUAUUUUUAAAAAUCCAAGAAAAGUUAAAACUUAAUUGCAGUUUGCUUUAAAUUUAGAAUAAAACGAAGAUGAAGAAAAUAUCAAACAACAAAACAGCCUUAUAAAAAUUAAGUAAAGUGGAAAAUAAAAUGAAUAAAUUAAUUCUAAAAGAUUAAGGUCAUAAGUAGAAGAUUUAGAAAAUGAUUUAGAUUAAGAAGAUGAAGAGUAAGAAUAAGAACCAGAUUUAAAAAAAUAACAGCAAUAAUAAUAAUAAAUAUAAUAAUAGCAGCAAUAGCCAAACACAAAGAGUGUAGCACAAAUAAAAAUGAAAGAAUUAAUUAUAUCUUUAGAAGAAAAAUAUAUUGAUUAUUACAAGUUAGAACUAUCCUCUAACUUAAAUUAAUCUAAAAUAAAUAAUGCCUCGAAUACAGAUGUCUUUAAGUAACUUUUAAAAUACGAUUCAGAGAUUUAAGCAACAAAAGCCUAGUAUUAAUCUUUGCAAAAUAUGUUUAACGAAGUAUAGAAAAAGCUUUUGAUUGAUCAAUAAUCUUAAUAUAUCAAAAAAUUGAUUCCUAUAGGGUCUUAUGUAAGUAAUUGUAUGAAUAAAUAUUCAACAGUUAUGGAUGUUGUAGCCUUAUUGAUGCCUUCAUAAGAAUAGGGAGAAAAUUUUGAACCUAAUCGCUUUUGUGAUAUACUUUACAGUGAAGUUUAGUCUACUAUCUUAAACAGUAACAUUGGAUACUUUUUUAAAAUGGAAUUGAACAAAGGUUGUGUUUUACUAGUAUUUACUCACAAUUCUUAAUAUAAAAUCAGACUUAUACCUAAUUUAGUAUUAGAAGAAAAUAUUUUGAAUAAAAGAAAAUAUUUAUAGUAAACUGAAAAUCCUUUAAAUGACUCAAUUAAAACCAUAAUAGAUCCAAAUGAAAGUUAAUUUUAUAGUGAUGGUUUAUUGCAUUACAUUUGGCUAAGCUAAUUCAAAUCAUAAAUCCAUUAGUAUGAGAGCUUAUUUAGAAUUUUAAGAAGAGUCUUUAAAUAUUAAGGAUUCAGAGUACCUAUAGAUUUAAUAGAUGUUGUAGUCGGACACGUCAGCCAUCAAUUUAGUUCUGCAUCAUUUUAAGAAAAUAUAGUGGGAUUUGUAAAAUUUAUGGCAUAAAAUGGCUUAGAUGAUAUUACACAUGAUAAUCUAUAAAUGGUCUCUAUUACUUAGCUUCAUGUUAAUUAAAUUAAAAGUUGUUCUGAAUUUGAACUUAAAAAAAUAACAGAAUACUUUAACAGCAUUUAUACAAAAAAAGCUUAUGAUAACUUAAUAAUUAUUUGA